AUGCAGAUCCUAUAUGUCUUCUUUGUCUUGCUAUCUGCGAUCGGUAUGAUCUUUGCGACCCCAUCACUCGCCAUGUCUCCGAGAUUCAAACGCCAAUUCGGUAAUAUGGGCAUGGGUGGAUACAGUAGCCAGAUGCAAAGCUCUCAAAUGGGAGCAUCUCAGAUGGGCGGAGGCUCAUCGAUGGGAGGAAUGGGAGGAUGGGGUCGUUGA